AUGGCACAAAAUGUUGCUUUUUCCCCUGCAAAGCGCGCCAGAAAACCAAACUUUACACCUGCGGAAUGGACAGUUAUUUUCGAAGAGGCGGAAGAAAAUAUUAAAACAGUCAAGAGUAAAAUUUCCACGACACUUUCUAACAAACGCGAGAGUCGGGUAUGGGAGGUAAUAACUGACAAAGUCAAUGCGCUCGGAUUUUCCAAAAGAUCUGUCAAGUGGAGAGGAAUGGUGAGUGGAGCAAAGAAAGAACACAGCAAAUGUACCACUGCUAGAAAGAAGACCAGGGGUGGAAUGAAACCAGAUUCUCCAAAGGCUACCACAGCCAAAAUUAUCGAGAUUUUCGAAACAGACCCGUCUUUCAGCGGCAUUUCGUGGGGCGUCGAUUCUGGUAAGUCCACUUAUGUCAAUAAAUAUAUUGCCUAAAUGAAUAGGAGUGUUACAUCCAAUUCCCUUGGGUAAUUUUCAAGGAAAUGUAUACACCACUUUAUGGUAGAACUGCUCACAAGAACUAAAGAAUUAAAGAAUUCAUACAUUUUGUACAAAUUAUAUGCAGCACAAGUUUCAAGCUCAUCAACAGUGGAUAUAGAAGUUCUUAGACUUGGAUGUAAACUACAGCCUGUCACUUCACCCUGUGAACUCCCGGAAACCUGUGAACCCUCAGACCCCUGUGAAGCGUCACAGCUAGAUUGCAACUCCAGUAUCUAUUCUGAUAUCAUUCCAUCUUUAGUAUUCCAGAUGUUGGCAAUACUUGCACCUUGCUGUCCUUAA